UGUUUAUUAUUCAAGAUGCUCAGCGAUUUACUCCACGCCAUCGCCGGCGACGACAAUGGCAAGAAGAAAAUCAGGGGCACUGUCGUUUUGAUGAAGAAAAAUGUUCUGGAUUUCAAUGAUUUCCAUGCAUCUUUUCUUGAUGGGUUUCACGAGUUGCUGGGGAAAAGAGUUUCGUUUCAGCUCAUUAGUGCUGAAAAUGACGAUGCUGCUAAUGGGUUACAAGGAAAGCUGGGGAAACCAGCAUAUUUGGAGGACUGGAACUCUACAGAAACUUCCGCCGUGGCAGGCGGGGAAUCUAAAUUCAUUGUUAACUUCGAUUUUGAUGAAGAAAUCGGAAAACCGGGAGCUGUCCUGAUUAGAAACAAUCAUCACAGUGAGUUCUACCUCAAAACUGUUACUCUCGAACAUGUUCCAGGCCAUGGUCGGAUUCACUUUGUCUGCAAUUCUUGGGUUUAUCCCGACAAGAAAUAUGAACAACCUAGAGUUUUCUUCACCAACAAGACGUAUCUUCCGCAUGAGAUGCCUCAACCAUUGCGUAAAUACAGAGAACAAGAUAUGAAGGCCUUAAGAGGCAAUGGCGAAGGAGAGCUUCAAGAAUGGGAUCGUGUCUAUGACUAUGCUUAUUAUAAUGAUCUAGGGAACCCCGACAAGGGACCCGAAUACGCCCGACCGGUUCUCGGUGGAUCCGCCAUGUACCCGUAUCCUCGUAGAGGAAGAACAGGCAGACCCUCAUCAAAAACAGAUCCCAAGACCGAGAGUAGGAUACCACUGCUGAUGAGCUUAAACAUAUAUGUUCCGAGAGAUGAACGAUUCGGACACUUGAAGAUGUCGGAUUUUCUCGCUUAUGCACUGAAAUCUAUAGUUCAAUUCAUUGUACCCGAGCUUCAGGAUCUAACUGAUAAAACUCACAAUGAAUUCGACUCGUUAGAGGAUGUUCUUAACCUCUACUAUGGCGGAGUUAAGCUUCCUUCUGGACCUUUGCUUGAUAAUAUCAUCGACAACAUUCCCUUGGAAAUGCUCAAAGAAAUUUUCCGGACUGAUGGAGCACAACUUCUUAAAUUCCCUGUGCCUCAAGUGAUUCAAGACAGUAAGACUGCAUGGAGGACCGAUGACGAAUUCGCCAGGGAGAUGCUUGCCGGAGUUAACCCUGUUAUAAUUCGUCGUCUCGAAGAAUUUCCUCCAACAAGCAAUCUAAAUCCUGAAGAAUAUGGUAAUCAAAACAGUGCCAUAUCCAAGGAACACAUUGAGCACAACCUUGAGGGACUCACCAUAGAAGAGGCUCUGAGAACCAACAGGUUGUUCAUAUUGGAUCAUCAUGAUUCACUUAUGCCGUAUCUGCGGAGGAUAAACUCUACAACGACCAAGACUUACGCAUCUCGAACCAUCUUGCUUUUACAUAAUGACGGGACUUUGAAGCCAUUGGUGAUUGAGUUGAGUUUGCCACAUCCUAAUGGGGACCAACUCGGUGCUGUUAGCAAGGUUUACACACCUGCAGAACAUGGGGUUGAAGGUUCGAUAUGGCAGUUGGCUAAAGCUUAUGUUGCUGUAAACGACUCUGGUGUUCAUCAACUCAUAAGCCAUUGGUUGAACACUCAUGCGACAAUGGAGCCAUUCGUGAUCGCGACAAAUCGACAGCUGAGUGUGGUUCAUCCGAUUCAUAAACUUCUCCACCCUCACUUCCGCGACACGAUGAAUAUCAAUGCGUUUGCUAGGCAGAUUCUGAUUAAUGGAGGUGGAGUCCUGGAAAUAACAGUUUUCCCUGCAAAAUAUGCAAUGGAAAUGUCAUCACUGAUCUAUAAGAGUUGGAAUUUGGUUGACCAGGCACUUCCUAGAGAGCUCAAGAAAAGAGGAGUUGCCAUUGAUGACGAGAGUUCACCAAAUGGUCUUCGCCUGCUGAUAAAUGACUAUCCGUAUGCUGUUGAUGGAUUGAAUAUUUGGUUUGCAAUUGAAAAAUGGGUGACGGAUUAUUGUUCGUUCUACUACAAGACCGAUGAAAUGGUUCGACAAGACCCUGAGCUUCAAGACUGGUGGAAAGAAGUCCGAGAGAAGGGCCAUGGUGACAAGAAAGACGAGGCGUGGUGGCCUAAAAUGCAGACUCGACAAGACCUGAUCGAGUCUUGCACCAUUAUCAUAUGGGUGGCCUCGGCUCUCCAUGCAGCGGUUAACUUCGGCCAAUAUCCUUAUGCAGGCUACCUUCCGAACCGCCCAACUAUAAGCCGUAGGUUCAUGCCUGAAGAAGGCACUCCGGAAUAUGCUGAACUCGAGUCGAACCCAGACAAAGUAUUCUUGAAAACAAUAACAGCUCAACUGCAGACGCUCCUCGGAAUUUCCUUGAUAGAAAUCCUGUCGAGGCAUUCAUCAGACGAAGUUUAUCUGGGGCAAAGAGACAGCACCGAAUGGACGUCGGACGAAACACCGCUUGCAGCGUUCGAGCAAUUCGGACAGAGGCUUUCGGGGAUAGAGGAACGGAUUGUAUCGAUGAACAACGAUAAGCAGUUGAAGAACCGUGUCGGUCCGGUGAAUGUGCCAUACAUGUUGUUGUAUCCAACCAGUGAAGGAGGACUUACAGGCAAGGGAAUUCCAAAUAGCGUAUCGAUCUGAUGAUCUUCAAAAUUCCUUUAACGAUGACCAAUAAGUUAUUUUAUUUAAUUAUACAGUUUGUAAACAAAUAAAUCCUUGUUAUUACUUCGACAAAUAAAACUUU